GCUCUGCGCGGCUCCCCGAGAGCGCUUUUGUUGUAAAGGGGAGGGCGCCGCGGCGGGGACGUGCACCCGCCGCUCUGACAGGCGACAGCGCGGCCGCCUCCCGCUCUCCCUCCCUCCCGCCGGCUGCAUGUAGGGCUGCGGCAGCGGGGACACGGAGCUGGGAGGACAACGACCGAGCGGAGCCGCGCCGCGCCGACCGGAGCCGAGGCGGGUCCGGUGGAACCCAGCGCGGCGCCGCCCGUACCCCUGCGGGAGGUGGCCGCCAUGGAAGUCAGCGCGGGGGGUGUGAUAGCUUACAUCAGCUCUUCGAGCUCGGCAUCUAGCCCAGCCUCAUGUCACAGUGAGAGCUCAGACAGCGGUUUCCAGUCAUCCUCUUCGCCUGUACCAUCUUCUCCGAACAGCUCCUCCUCAGAAAGCGGAUGCAAUGGCCGGAGCAGCGAAGGCUCUGAUGGGGCACCGAAGAACGAUCGGCUGGAGGAGACUGUUAAAACAAACCAGUCCAGUGUUGCUGGUUUGACAAAAGGCCAUAAUGGAGUCACAAAAUUUAAUGGCAUGGUUCUUCUUUGCAAAGUCUGUGGAGAUGUCGCUUCAGGAUUUCAUUAUGGUGUUCAUGCCUGUGAGGGCUGCAAGGGUUUUUUCAGAAGAAGCAUUCAGCAAAACAUCCAGUAUAAGAAGUGCUUGAAGAAUAACAACUGCUCUAUAAUGAGAAUGAAUAGGAACAGAUGCCAGCAGUGUCGUUUCAAAAAAUGCCUGUCUGUUGGGAUGUCAAGAGAUGCUGUUCGAUUUGGCCGUAUUCCCAAACGUGAAAAACAGAGGAUGCUGAUUGAAAUGCAGAGUGCCAUGAAGUCCAUGAUGAACAGUCAGUUCAGUGGCCACUUACCCAACGAAGCAUUAACAGAACAUCAAGACCAAGCACCUCAAGAAGACCUUUCUUCCAAGCCCAAACAAGAGCGGGAUACCAUCAAAAGCCCUUCUCCCCCUCCUACUGCUGACAUGGCUAAGGAAGAAGUGAUCGGGAUGGUCACUAGAGCCCACAAAGACACUUUCAUGUACAACCAGGAACAGUCCCAAAACCCUGCAGAGAUGAUGCAGCCCCAGAGUGGGGAGAGAGUGUCGAAGAACACCGAGCAGUACAUCUUGAGCAGUGAGCACUGUGUUGGAGGCCUCAGUGGCCCUCAGUACCCUGAAAGGGAGCAGCACCUUGGUGGACAGUACAAAGGGAGAAGCACAAUGCAUUAUCCAAGUGGGCAUGCCAUGUGCUUCACAAAUGGCCACUGCAUGAACUUCACCAGCGGUUAUACUCAGCGAAUGUGUGAUAGGAUCCCAGAAGAUGGCUUUUCUCCAAACAAGAAUACCACUUACUCCUGUAGCACUGGAGGAAGAAUGCAUCUGGUCUGCCCAAUGAGUAAGACUCCCCAUGUGGACCCAAACAAAUCUGGCCAUGAAGUCUGGGAAGAGUUUUCCCUGAGUUUUACCCCUGCAGUGAAGGAAGUGGUGGAGUUUGCCAAGCGCAUCCCAGGAUUCCGAGAUCUCUCCCAGCAUGACCAGGUCAAUCUUCUGAAAGCUGGGACCUUUGAGGUUUUAAUGGUACGAUUUGCAUCUUUGUUUGAUGCAAAGGAACGUACAGUCACCUUCCUGAGUGGAAAGAAGUACAGUGUGGAUGACUUGCAUUCAAUGGGAGCUGGUGAUCUGCUCAACUCAAUGUUUGAAUUUAGUGAGAAAUUAAAUGCCCUGCAACUUAGCGAUGAGGAAAUGAGUUUGUUUACAGCGGUUGUCCUGGUAUCUGCUGUCGCUGGAUAUACAGAACACUCUGGCCCAGAUUCAAAGAAGGAUUAAGCACCUACUUCUGUAGUAUUAUCUCAAGCCUCAAAUUAGGCACAUUAGCUCUGCAUAUAAUGCCUGGAAUACAAGAUGCAGAAUCCCUGCUUGCAGUUUAAGAAGCUUUCUAGAGGUAGGUAGCAGGAGUGCUCCUAGGGCCUAUUUAGACAGCAAGCCAGCAGUUGGGGAGCACUCAAGUCCUUGAAAAAGUGCACCUCUUUCACAUGAGUGAUUCAGACCCAUGUCUUUCUUAUCAGGCAGGGGCACCCCAGGCAUGGUGCUGUAGGCACUUGAAGCCUCUGUAAACAAGGUAGGACAGUUCAGUCUAAGAGCUUUGUGCGUGGCUGAACUGAAAUGUUACAGCACAGGAGGGGGCAGCUGUUGCCUCUUCAGUCUGUAAGCCAUGAUAAUGAGCGAAGGGUGGCACAGAGCUUGAAGAGCCAGAACAAAUGUCAGUGUGAAGGAGGCGUGGGACUAUAAUCUGUUAGUGAAAAUGUUCAGGUAGCAGAGAGGAACCUGGGGUAUUAGUUACUAUUCCAGACUCUACAAAUUUUAUCCUUUUUUGACAAGAACUGGAGGCAACCUUUAAAAUAAGGACUUUUCCCUUCUUGUGCAAUGUAACUGGGCUUACAACCGCUCUUCUUACUUGCUCAGCUACUGGGUCCUGGAAUAUCACAAUCUCUGUGCCAACUGUUUUUAAUGUAAAUGACUGUAUUUGUUCUGUUAAAUGUUCUUUUAGCACAGAGUCAGGCCCCCUAGCCUUUUAAGCAGUGCUCUGAUUGCUGGCUCCCAGUAGGGAUUAGCUUAUGGGUGGUAUGUAAUGUACAGCAUGUAAUGUCAGAGCUGUGCAACAGGUAUUCAGGCUUCUUGCACAGAUGCUGAGGAUUUUUCAGAUCAUAUUUUUUUAGGACGUUAUUGCUACGUAUCUUAGCUGCCUCGUGAUCUGCAGUCUAAUCACAGCCUUCCUGGACAUCUUCACUAAAUACUUCUAGGGUUUUAUAAAGUACAGCUUCAUUAGUCGAUGUUGGAGCUGUAUUCCAGACGCAACAGUAACCUUGAUGUUUACUGUGAGGUCAGAAAUCUCAGGUGAACUUUACUUUGUAGCUUGUGACUGGAUUGAAAUGCUGCAGUCAUUCCUUUGUGCAAGUAAGUGAGCAAGCUUCGUGCUCAAGCAGGUACCAAAGAAGAACAGAAGUGCCCCCAACAGAGCUCCUGGGGAAGAUGCUCUCAGUGUGAGUGCUUACCAGGAGGAGAAGGCGCCUGUAGAACUGAAGGAUUGUGGGCAUCUGUUGAUUAAACAGAUCUUGAAAGACAAAUCCCCGGCACUCCACUCCUCAAGGAGGGAUGUAACGCAAAGAGUCAUUUCCCAUAAGGGGAGGUGGAGCACAGUUAGAGAUGGAGGAAGAAUUGAAGAACAGGAUCAGAGAGAAUGACAUGGAGAUACAGGCAAAGGCAAAAUAUGCCAUAAAUGUAAGAAGAACUGAAGGUGGAAGAAAAAGGCCAUUAAGACUUCUUCAUUUCAGAAUAAAAGUUAUUUAAGAGGAGAUUGAAAGGGAAGAGAGCAGUCAAGAUUUAUAUCAGUUCCAAAAGCAAACAGGAGUGUGACUGUUGAAUACUGAUUAGGUGAUCCAGAAUACAAAGUAGCAUGGUGCACAACUUAAAAAUCUUCUUAAAAGACUUUCAGUUGCUUAAAAUUAAGAAAAAACCCAAAACCACCAAUGGAAAAAAAGAAGUAAGUCUCUAAGUAGUGCUAGUGGGGAGAAUGCCUGUCAGAAACAUUUCGACAUAACACUGGAUGAAUAACCACUCUUACGAGGGAUAUUUAGAAUAUGCAGAAGAAGCAGGGACAGUAGCAAGGACUGCAUGUAACUCCGUACAUCCUCUUGUUUUCACGUCCUAUGGAAAAGAAAGAAAAGGCAGGGUCCUGUUUGGGUGGUGCUAAGGAAUUACUUUGGUACCAUUCUAAAACUGAAAGAAUGCUUCACCUCUGGCUUCAGUGAGCUGGAUGUAGUGAAGAGGGAGGGGAGAUAGCAAGGUGGAUCAUGGGCAAUGAAGAAGGAAAAAGCAAGGUAGAAGCGAAGCUGAAAGAAUGUGGUUCAUGCGGGUCUAGAGACUAGAUAAAACCUUAACUAAGGGUGAUGCACUGUGGUAGAAGAAUAUAAAAUACACACCCUCUCCUAUUCUCUCUUACUGGAGUAGUACUAACAAACUCUUCUGCUGGCCACUGGGAGCAACUGGAAGAAGUCUGAGAGGGAGAAGAAAGACUUGGACUAAUUGAAGGAGAGGAGACUACAUUAACUUGCCUGAGGCAGUCAGGAAAGGUUGGACUGCAUUCUUCCACCUUCAGAAGCAAGGCAGUACCAUUGUCACUGUACAGAGCUCUUGAGAAACUCCAUCGGACACAUUCUGUGCAAAUGUUGUCAUACCUGCUUGGAAUAGAGCAAUCUUUUGUAGAGCACAGGGCAAGCAGAAAUAAUUGUUUAAUCAAUAAAGGCAGAGAGACGUCUCUUCACUCAUGUUACCUUGAACAGCAGCUAUCAAACCUAACAGACAAUCUUCACAGAGUGGAAUUGUUUGGUAGUAAUCAGAGCUCCUAAUUGUUACAGUAGAAGAUUCUAGAACAGUUUUCCUAAGGGAACAAAACACAUUAACUGCUUCAAGAUGCAUCCUUAAGUGGAUUAUGUAAUAAUUUUUCCCAUAGCAGUUGGGAAGUGUACUGAACAGUCCAGGAGGACUUCCUAGGCUCUGUUCACCGGAGCGGUCUGAUUGGAUUGACACUGACAGCAUAAGGAAGGGAUUCCCACUCUGACUGUACGAUCUGACUCAGUGUUACUCCAGAAAGCUGUUGUCAUUCCAUGUCCCAGUUCUGCAAAGUGCUUAAGUACAUGUACACAUCAAAGCACAUUUCUGUUCCUGUCCGUCACAUGGGUAUGUACGUGCCCUACUGAAUUUACAUAGCAUUUAAGAAAAGAGGCUACAGCUUGGAAAAAAACAGCUGCUGUUCAUGGUUACUAGGUGAGAUGUUUUACUUAAAAAUUCAUCCUUUUAAGCUGCUUACUUAGGUUCCACCUAAGGAUACCAGGUGUGUUCUUAAAUACAGCUCUCUUGAAAGAGAUGCUUCAGGCGUGGGGUGAGUGCAGUAUGUGAAAGCAUAAUAUUUAUCUUGAUGUUGACAUUCUUCUUUUCCUCAGUUGGGAGUUUUUGGGUGCCUCAUGUUUCAAUUUGUAAGUGCUUCAGAACAUGCUUGGAAAUAGUGCCCACUUGUUUCAAGGCUUGUACUCCCUUUGCCCCUGAGGAUCCCACUGUGCAGAUAUGAGUGUGGCUUGUCCCGAGUGGGAAUUUCCUCCUCAAACCUCCAAUUUAAGUUUAGGAUUCUAUGUCCAGCUUUGAGAAAUGUUUGAAAUUUUUACUUUCAUGUGCCCUGUCUCUCCCCUUAUGUUGAAAGUUGUGAUUCAGCAACAUAUUUAAGCGUGUGCUUCGAUCUGUCCUUUUCUGGACAUAUGGCUAUGGGAUUACAGAAGUGGUGACUGAAUGCUGCCAGUUUGGCAUGAGCUUCCUUAACUUGCAAAGAUAAUGCUAAAUAACGUUUGAAAGACUUUUCAGUAUAUGGAUUUGAAACUUCUGGCUUAAAUAUCUAAUUUUUCUUGUGCUUGUUAAUUGGUGAGUGAUUGUUGCAAUGCCUUAAUGUUGCAAACUACAUCUGUUCAGUCUUUUUUUUGUUUCUUUGUUUUUUACCCCCACCCUCCUGUUUUUUAAUUUCUCUCUCUCCCUCUCUCCUCCUCACCCUGCCCUUCU